AUGGACCCACUUACCCAGUUACGCGAUGAACUAAACGCGCAGUUCUCUCAGACUAUUCAAAACCUUACUAAUGAGAUCCAGAACUUGCGUACGCGUGUCGAAACUGCUGAGGCUAAGCCCCCUCGUCCUUCCAAACCUUCCUCGAUUACCAAACGAUCGAAGCCCUCCCUUCCGGACCCUGAGAAGUUCAUCGGAACUGCGUACAAGUUUGACACAUGGAGUACUGUUAUUCGUGCUAAGCUUGCUAUUGAUGGAGCUGCUAUUGGAGACCCGAUUGCCCAAUUCUACUACGUCUAUAUGAACUUAACCAGCCAAGUUCAAGUGAUGGUCUUCCCCCAGCUGGUUGCAGCACGCGAAUCCGGAGAAUACAAUUUCGAAGUUAUUCUGGAUCAGCUUACUCGCGUUUAUGAUAAUCUCAAUAAGGUUUAUGAGGUAGAGGAUCGUUUAUUAUCCAUUCGACAAGACUCCUCCGACUCCGUCAUUGCAUAUAUCUCCCGUUUUGAACGAUUGCUGUACGAAGCAAAGGGCCAAAACUGGUCUGACGUCACCAAGAUUUCCAUCCUGCGCAAGGGUUUGAUAUCAUCUAUCAAAAACCGUCUUUCUUAG